AUGAUUAUACUCUUAUUUAAGUGUCUCGUAUUCUACGUUCUCACCGUAAGACAACUUGUGUCACCAUCUACUUUCAGCGGACUAACCGCAAGGAUAGCAGAUCCCAAAAUUGUGGAAAACUUACAACUAUCGUUGGUCGAGCGUAAUGGUGUUAAAAAGCUAAAUGGAACUUAUGCCCAAAACGUUGUGUUUCAAUCUAUUGAUGCGCAGUUGACGAUUGACCUUGAACAUGCAAACAGUAAGAGAACACGCUUUUUGGACUUAAAAUUCGAUGUUUGCAAUUUUUUUGAUGGAAAAUAUGAUAACAAUCAGGUACUCCGCGUUUUUCUCAAGGGUUUAAGAAAGUCGAAAACAUUUCGGCAGAAGUGUCCUAUUCCAGCGCACCACCUGUUUUGGGUGGACAUGCUAGAUAUGGGUGCACUGUACACAGGCUAUUUACCAAAUGUGUCCUUUUUUGCGAACUUUAACAUGUAUAAUAAAGGACACUUAUAUAUUCAAGUCGUUGUUAACGGGUUCUCAAAAUUAAAAUAA